CCCAGACAAAUCACGCCUCUAUCGAUUUCUUAUAAGAAAGGAAAACGAACGAGCGUGUUAUCGAGUGCAACAUUUGCGAUUUGCCCUGCUGCGCGCGUGCACUUUUUAUUAAUCUCCCGUAUAAAUCAGAUAUCCGUGUGCAUUUCGAACGCGCUCCGCCAACGCACACACAAAAAUUAAGUAAAAAGUAUAACACGAAUUGCGAAUAGCGAAAAAACAAAAGCUUAAACCGUCGAGUGUGAAAAUUUCGAGCUAAAAGCAAAACGAAGCUAAGAGCGCGUGGAAUAGCAAGCAGUGAGAGAGGGGAAUACCACGGACGAUCCAGGACGAAUCAGGACAUAGACAAGGACAAGGAGCAGCAGCAGCAGCAGCAUUUGGCGGUGGAGCAGGAGCGGGCGCGUCUGGAGCAGUGACACGUGAUCAACUCUUACGGGGGGGAAAGUCAGCAACCAGCAGCCAGCAGAAGCUCCAGAAUCAGCAGCAGUCAGCAGUCGAGGACGCAGGCGGGGCAGUCGGAGGAUCGGGCAACCAUGUCUUCGCCGGCGGCGCAGAGCAACAGCAGCAGCAGCCAGUCGCAGUCCGCAGCCCAGCAGCAGCAGCAGAAUCAAAAGGCCAAUGUCAACAACACACACGACAACAAGAAUGCCGCGGCGACGACGGGGACAGCGGCGGGAUCGGGAGCGGCAGGCUCGGCGGGCACACAGCAGCAGGGUCAGGGCGGCACUGGAACCUCAAGCGGUCCAUCCAGCCCAACCAAGCGCAGCACAAUAUCGACAAAGGAGCGUGUGAUCGACAGCGUGGCAUUUCCGCCGAGCCGUAAACUCACCUGCGCGGAUGUGUUCGACGCGCGGACCGGAAAGCCGCAGCACGAUGUCCUCAAGCAGCACUUCAUCCUGGAGGGCAGGAUCGAGGAGAGCGCCGCCCUGCGCAUCAUCCAGGAGGGCGCCACGCUACUGCGCACGGAAAAGACGAUGAUCGACAUCGAGGCGCCGGUGACGGUGUGCGGCGAUAUCCAUGGCCAGUUCUACGAUCUGAUGAAGCUAUUCGAGAUUGGGGGCUCGCCGGCGACCACCAAGUAUCUGUUCCUGGGCGACUACGUCGAUCGGGGCUACUUCAGCAUCGAGUGCGUCCUGUAUUUGUGGUCGCUGAAGAUCACCUAUCCGCAGACGCUGUUCCUGCUGCGCGGCAACCACGAGUGCCGGCACUUAACCGAGUACUUCACCUUCAAGCAGGAGUGCAAGAUCAAGUACUCGGAGCGCGUGUACGACGCCUGCAUGGACGCAUUCGACUGCCUGCCGCUGGCGGCGCUCAUGAACCAGCAGUUCCUCUGCGUGCACGGCGGCCUGUCGCCGGAGAUACACGAGCUGGAGGACAUCCGGCGGCUCGACCGCUUCAAGGAGCCGCCCGCCUUCGGCCCCAUGUGCGACCUGCUGUGGUCCGAUCCGCUGGAGGACUUCGGCAACGAGAAGAACUCGGACUUCUACACGCACAACUCCGUGCGCGGCUGCUCGUACUUCUACAGCUACGCCGCCUGCUGCGACUUCCUGCAGAACAACAACCUGCUGUCGAUCAUCCGGGCGCACGAGGCGCAGGACGCCGGCUACCGCAUGUACCGCAAGAGCCAGACCACCGGCUUCCCCUCGCUGAUCACCAUCUUCUCGGCGCCCAACUAUCUCGACGUGUACAACAACAAGGCGGCGGUGCUGAAGUACGAGAACAACGUGAUGAACAUCCGGCAGUUCAACUGCUCGCCGCACCCGUACUGGCUGCCCAACUUCAUGGACGUGUUCACCUGGUCGCUGCCCUUCGUGGGCGAGAAGGUCACCGAGAUGCUGGUGAACGUGCUGAACAUCUGCUCCGACGACGAGCUCAUGACCGAGGAGAGCGAGGAGCCGCUCUCCGACGACGAGGCGGCGCUGCGCAAGGAGGUGAUCCGCAACAAGAUCCGUGCCAUCGGCAAGAUGGCGCGCGUCUUCUCCGUGCUGCGCGAGGAGUCCGAGUCGGUGCUGCAGCUGAAGGGCCUGACGCCCACGGGCGCCCUGCCCCUCGGCGCCCUCUCCGGCGGCAAGCAGUCGCUCAAGAACGCCAUGCAGGGCUUCUCGCCCAACCACAAGAUUACCUCGUUCGCGGAGGCCAAGGGCCUGGAUGCCGUCAACGAACGGAUGCCGCCGCGGCGGGAUGCAACGCCCUCGCCGGCGGAGGAGGGCCAGAAAUCACUGUCAGCCGCGGCAGCAGCAGCGGCCAAUGCAAAUGCGAAUUCAAUCAAUGGAUAAUUCUAAGUCAGUUAGCACCAGCUACAGCUGCAGCUACAUAUGUAACAGUCAAGUUAGUCAGUCGGAUCGAUGGGUCCUCUAGGGAUCCGGGUGAUCCGGGGGAUCGGAGGAGAAGGAGGAGGAGGAGGAGGAGCAGCAUAGUCAGUUGGUAGUCGACAGUUAAGCAGCGAACGGUGGGAGGGAGUCAGCACAUACAGUUCGGAACAUAGGAAUAGUCUCAAGUUCGGCUCAAAGAAGAUAAACACUGGGCAUAUACAGACAUAGAACACAACUAAUUGAAAGAUCGUAUAUAGUAUAGAAGGCGAAAUUGAUCAAGGAUAGUAAGGAGCAAGAGCAGAGACACCACCACCACCACCACCACCACUACAACACAGCAACAACAACAGUAACAGCAACAGCAACAGCAGCCACUAUAACAACAAGAGCUGAGCAGCAGCAUUGCAGCAAGCGUUAACGAGUACUUAUUGGUAUUAAAUGCAAAAAUGCAUAACAACAACACCCCCCAAAAUGGAAGCUAAUUAUAAAGUUGAAAGAUUAUAGAAUUAUAUAUAUAACAAAAAUAUAUAUAUAUCAAAAUUUUGUGCAACGUUAUAUCAAAAGAGCAAAUGUAAAAGCUAAGCAGAAGUAUUAAAGUGCGCAUGCGCGCCUGUCUUUUUGGCAAGCAGUUGACCAGAAAGCAGUAGACAUGAAGCAGUUGCCAGUUGCGCGCAUUUCCCCAUUCAAGAAGAAAAAGAAGAAGAAGGUGAUGAUGAUGAUGAAGAAGAUUUAAAGAGGCAAACCAAAAAAAAGAUAAAAACUUAAUAAAAGCAAAUUAGGUUAUUUAAAUUAUUUGCUAACAAAUUGUAAGACGAAUCGGAAACCAAUCCUUCAUCUCUGUAAAGUCAAACCAAACGAAGUGACAAAACCAAACGAGAACUAAAUCUAGCAUCUAAACUGAAGCGAAAGCUAAGGCGAAUUCUACUACUUUCGUUGUGUGGCGUCUGCGGCGACUUCUUCUCAACAACAAAAAAAA